UUGCUUGGCCAGCGUCCCGAUUUUCCCAGUAUAAAUUGCCGGGAACACAGCUUCUUGUAUCAGUUGAGAACGUGCAGUUAUUGAGGCUCAAGAAGAUUACAGUCUGAAAAAGAUGGCAGUAGAUAUGAUCCGGAUCACAAUAGGCGUUGUCUGCGUGGUAGCAGUGAUAUUGUCUCUGGUAGAACUCAGCGAGGCCAAUUAUAAGAACGCACCAAUGAAUGGAAUCAUGUUUGGGAAGAGGGGACCUUCUUCUGUUUCAGAAUACGAAAACAGAGGGAAAACUUUUACAGCCUUCUGCGAGAUCGCCACAGAAGCUUGUCAAGCAUGGUUCCCGUCUCAAGAAAAUAAGUGAAUUGAUGAAAACAAACGAUGACAAAAUAAUUGCUCGUCUAUGGAAAUGGAAACUUCUCGAACGAUAUCAUUUGGUUAAGCUAAAAGCAAUUAAUAAAGCUUUCGGCUUUUAGAAUUUUCUACUAAGAUUGAAUU